AAGCUGAUUCUCUUCGUAGGAGCUUGUAGGGUUUGUUCAUGGCUGCAGAUUAAUUGAUUGAAUUUCGGAGACUGAGACCUUGUUCACUGAUUCUGAGCUCAUCGCAUUGCAUCGCAUUGCAUUGGAUGGAGUCUCAGGAAUUGUUCCGUCACGGCAUAAGAGUUGAAGAAGAAGACGAAGAAGAAGUAGUUUUGCUGAUCAACAGCAUUUUCGCACUCUCUGAGAUUCCAUGAUGCUCAGCCGCUGCGGGGCGCGUCAAUGCCCUGCGGUGUUGGAUUUCAGCCGAUUUCUCCACCUCUCGCUGCCGAGUUUGAGCUCCAGCCCCACAUUAUUUAAGUUCCUGAGGAGCCCCAGGUUUUUGAGUUUAGGGUUUUCCUGUGAGGAUGGUUUGUUUUGGGAGAGUUUGCUGACAACAUCUCAGCGACUUGGGAUUGUGUACCCCCGUUCUCAUGGCAGCCGUAGAGGAAACAAAGGGAUUGUAUUUUGUGAUGCCUGCUGGAACAAGAGUCCCGAUUCCCAAUUAGCUGAUGAAGUUGGGCUUGCUUCUACUUCCUCACAAUCGUCGUCAAACAGCCAACUGCAUGAACCUAUCUACCGUCACUCUUAUGAGUUAACUGCCGAAAGUUCUUCUAUUCAAGUCGACGACGGCUCAGCACUACAGUCGCGACAGGAUACAAAUCCUAUGCAAAAUGAUGCGUGUCUCAAGAAAUCUGGAAAACAAAGGACAUUGCAUGUGGUGGACGAUCUUGAAUCAGGAGGUAGCCCUUUGGAUAUUCUAGAGAGCAUGAGAGAGUGCAACCCUUCCUCUUUCUGGACUGUGAUAGACUAUCUACAUGGGCAUCGUCGCAUGGCAGAGAUUCUGGAGGUGUUCAAAUGGUGGCAACAACAAGAUGGUUACAAACCUUACGAACUCUACUAUACGAAAAUUAUCCGCAUGCUUGGCCAGGCACACAUGCCAACAGAAGCGCGAACACUCUUCAUUGAGAUGUGCGAAUUAGGCCUACGACCGAGCGUGGUUACCUACACAUACCUUCUCCAGGGCUAUGCAGAGCGUGGCGAAUUCGAGGAGGCCGAACAGAUUCUUAGAGAUAUGAUUUUAUCUGGCGAUGCAAAGCCUAAUACUACAACUUAUGCAGGUCUCAUAUACGCUUAUGGUAAACACGGCAUGUAUGACAGGAUGUGGCGAACUUUCAACAGAAUGAAGACUCAACAUAUUCCUGCAGAUGAAUUUUCCUAUAGGACGUUGAUCAAAGCGUACGCCCGUGGGGGUCUGUUUAGUAGGAUGCAGCAGACUAUGAAGGAAAUGAGCCGCAAUGGUAUGUAUGCAGACUCAGCGACGAUGAACGCAGUGGUAUUGGCAUACGCAGAGGCUGGAUUGGUCAAGGAAAUGGAGAAGCAGUAUGAGGUCAUGUGGAAGAAUUCUUUUACAGCUGGUCAGGAAACAAUCAAAGCAAUAGUGCGUGCGUAUGUGAAGGAUAGUUUGUUCUUUCAGCUUAGUGGUUAUGUGAAGAGAGUAGGCUUGAGGAAACGGACGAUGGUGAAUUAUCUCUGGAACGCGCUUCUGUUGUCUCAUGCUGCAAACCUCGCAAUGGACGACUUGGGAGUGGACUUUCAAAACAUGAAAUAUUUGGGGUUUUCCCCUGAUGUGACGACGUGUAAUAUUAUGGCCUUGGCAUACAGUCGUGCGAAGCAGUUAGAGGAUCUACAUCAAUUGAUAGUUACGAUGCAGGAUAACGGAAUAGCUCCUGAUUUGGUGACAUAUGGAGCGGUAAUCGAUGUCUUCACGGAGGAGAAGCUGCGGCCUAAUUUACUUGAGGAGUUGGUUGAGUUUCGGAACCUUGAUGUUGCAGCCGAGGUUGAGACAGAUCCUUUAGUGUUCGAAGUGUUAGGAAAAGGGAGAUUCCAUGUUGCUUGUGAGAAGCUGGCAAGAAAUAUGGAAGGAGAAAGAAUGAAUCAACGAACUUAUGGUGAACUGGUUGGGUGCUUCCUCCAGUCGCUGAACAAGGGAAGAUCUUCGCCUCCCAAAGUUUCGUCGUAUUGAUGAGUUUGGAGGUCUAAUGAUAAAAUGAUAAUUGAUGAGAUGAUAAGUUCGGAGCCAACCCAAAUUGCUGGUUGCCCAGCCUGGAGAGAUUCAGCUAUUCGGUGACAGCUCCGCAUAAAUUAUUCUAGGAGUCAAACAUCUCUUUCAAAACUGCUCAUUACAAAAUGUGCACAUCAACUUUCAAGCCUCGACCAUGCUUCAUUCUAGUGUCAGCAGUGUCAGGGGCUCUAUAUUUGAUGGGCCAUGAACUUUAGGGACAGCGGUGGUGCUAACUAAGGCAUCCGCUGACGAGCAGAUUAUCACAAAGUAUUGUAACUAAGUCUGAGGCGUUUACUAUUUUUCUGUCAAAAAGUGUCAAAUAUUUAGGAAUUGGUGUAGCUUUUGUUUUGUUCGCAUUGAAAUAGUGAGUGUCUAUAGUUUCCGUUUCGAUGACAGUUAUUCAGCUGAAUUUUCAACGUGGUUAUCGUUGGGAUUGUGAUUGGCUGAUAAAUGGUUGUGGGACUUCUGCAGAGUGUACAUUGUGGACCCUUGCGACUUGUACAGUAGGUUGAAGCUCACAGUCACACUUUAUCUCUUCGAGUGAUAAAGUUCUGGUACCACUUGCCAUUGUUAGGUGGACGAAGUCUAUGGUAAGUUAGCAAUAAAGAAAUAGGAGAAGUGAACAUGCUCCAAUAAACAUUAGAAACCAUUGAAGUUCGGCAACAUACUCACUAGUUUCCCAUGUAAUGGAGAUCACAGCAGCCAGAGAUUGGCGAACUCAAGUAUCUUGUAUUCAUCAAUUGCUGAAUUGAAGUUGAAUGUUUGUCCCUUCCCCUCA